AGAACAAAGAAAAUUGAAGUGGCAAAUAAUGUUCCUCAAGAUGAUGAUCCUGUUCUUCUUCCUUCUCCUUGGGGGAUAUGUUGCAUCACAACAAGAAGACCUUGGUUUCACCUACAAUGGCUUUCAAGGAUCUAAUAUGAGCUUGGACGGCUUAGCCCAGAUUACAAACAAUGGCCUCCUUAAAUUAGCAAACACCUCUAUCCAACAGAUGGGUCAUGCCUUCUACCCUCAUCCGAUUCACUUCACCAAUUCCUCCAACGGUACUGCUCUCUCCUUCUCCACAACUUUUGUAUUUGCUAUGUUCUCUGAGUUAACAACAGUAGGUGGCCCUGGUAUCAUGUUCGUGAUCGCUCCCUCGCGAGAGUUUCCAGGAGCUUUGCCAAGCCAUUAUAUCGGCCUUUUCAACAUGACCAGCAACGGAAAAUCAUCAAACCAUGUGAUCGGAGUUGAGCUUGAUUGCUUUCAAAACUUGGAGUUCGACGAUAUCAAUGACAACCAUGUCGGUAUUGAUAUCAACGGCUUGAAAUCUGCUAAAUCUGCUCCAGCAUCUUAUUUUAGCGAUCAACAGAACAAGUAUGUGAACCUGAGCCUCAUCAGUGGAGACCCAAUGCAACUAUGGGUGGAAUAUGAUGGUACAGAGAAGCAACUGAAUGUGACUUUAGCUCCGAUUACGGUUUCUAAACCAAAGAUCCCACUCUUGUCCUUGAAAAUUGAUCUUUCUCAGUUCAUGGUAGAUCCCAUGUUCGUGGGCUUCUCAUCAUCUACUUCUGCCGUGGAAGUAUCUCAUUAUGUGUCGGGAUGGAGCUUUAAGAUGAAUGGGCAAGCAAAUGUUCUGUCUCUCUCCCAACUUCCUAAGUUUCCUGCAAGAGCACGAUCCAGAACGAACGCAACAAUUUUUAAUGUUGGAUUACCUGUGAUCGGUGCGUCUUUGGUGUUUAUCUCACUCUUUAUUAUCCAAUUUGUAGUGAGAAGGAAGAAAAAAUUUGCAGAGGUUCUUGAGGACUGGGAACUCGAUUACAGACCCCACAGGUUCAAAUAUAAAGAUCUGUACAUAGCCACCAAGGGGUUCAAGGACAAGGAACUUCUAGGAAUUGGUGGCUUUGGUAGAGUCUAUAGAGGUGUAUUGCCCACAUCCAAUAAAGUAGUUGCAGUGAAGAAAGUCUCCCAUGAUUCUAGACAAGGGGAGAAAGAAUUCAUUGCCGAGAUCGUCAGCAUAGGUAAAUUGCGGCAUCGAAACAUUGUAUCACUCUUGGGCUAUUGCCGGCGUAAGGGAGAGCUCCUUCUAGUGUAUGAUUUCAUGCCCAAUGGGUCUCUUGACAAGUUCCUCUUCGACCAAUCGUCGAACAUAUCGACGACACUAAGUUGGAGUCAAAGAUUUCGAAUCAUCAAAAGUGUGGCAUCUGCAUUACUGUAUCUACACGAAGAGUGGGAACAAGUUGUAAUUCACAGAGACGUCAAGUCCAGUAAUGUUUUGCUAGAUGAGGAGCUGAAUGGAAGAUUAGGAGAUUUUGGACUCGCAAGAUUAUAUGAUCAUGGAUCUGAUCCUAAAAGCACUCAUGUGGUGGGGACUUUUGGUUAUCUUGCACCAGAACUUUACAGAAGUGGGAAGGCAAACUCUAGUGUUGAUACUUUCGCAUUUGGGGUUUUUUCUCUCGAAGUUGCUUGUGGUAGGAGGCCUAUAGAACCACAAGCAUCAGAAGAGUGUCUUGUGUUGGCAGAUUGGGUGAUCUCAAGUUGGAGUAGGGGCUCCAUACUUGAAACUGUGGAUCCAAAAUUGGGAAUGAAUUAUAAAACAGAGGAAAUGGAGUUGGUGUUAAAACUUGGUUUGAUUUGCUCUCACCCUAUUCCAACUGCAAGGCCAAGCAUGCGACAAGUCCUACGCUAUUUGGAGGGAGAGGUUCCUCUGCCAGAGUUAUCAUCUCUUUACCAAUCUCAUGACUUGAGUUUUGCGACUUCAGAAGGUUCAAGUGAUGUCUCUGUUUGGUGUCCUUAUCCUGAGAACUCACUGACUCGGUCAUCAUCCAUUGCAGAAUCUAUACUCUCUGAAGGACGAUGAGUUUAUUGGAUUAUUGGUUUGAAUGUAAUCCAGACUAGCAAGGUAGGGACUUUCUUGAUCAUGAAGGACCAAGCCAAUCCCAUCAUGCCUUAAG